AUGAGUGGCACAGGUGGCGAUGCAGUGAGAGGGGUGGUAGUGUGUGAUAACAGGUGUGGCUGCACAGUUCCAUGCCCCGGUGGUUCUUCUUGCAGGUGCACCAGUGGUGGGACUGCAGCUGGAGGGGGUGAUCACAUGACGUGCACGUGCGGAGAGCACUGUGGGUGCAAUCCAUGUUCAUGUCCCAAAACUGCAGCCGCUGGAAGUGGAUGCAGAUGUGGUUCAGAGUGCGCAUGUGCCUCUUGCCGCACUUAA